AUGUUUAAAAUGUACUUGUACCCGUUUAAUUUUUGUUCCUCUGGUAGUUGUUUGAGUGUGGUAAGGAAAUGCAUUGGCAGAAGCAUUACAGGAGGUGUAGAAUCUGAAUUGUCUUUAAUGCUACUGUGUGGCUUAUGUCUUACUUCUGAUAUUUUGGUAAUUUCUGGUUUCUUGGAAGAACCAAACAAAUCUUCAAUUUCUUUAGUUGCUGCUGCUGUCACUUCUGGUUCCUUGACAGGCUUUUUUUCAAUUGAAGGAGGUGACUGUAUCAUCUUUGAAAACUUUUCAGGUAAUUUUUCAACUUUUUCAAUUGGGAUCUUAAUAUCAACAUCCAUUUUAUCUUCAAUUGGUAAUUUAUUUAGUUCUGUCUUGGCAGCUUGGUUUGAAGGAUCUAAUUGUAAUACUUUUUCAAAGGCUUCUUUUGCACUAUUCCAUUUCUGUAGACCUUUUAAAGCCAUACCUUUCCGAUAUUGUAAUUUCACCAAUACUGCAGUACUCCCCUUAUUGUGGUUGCUACUAUUGAUCAAAUUUAUACCACUCACACAAUCUUUGUAA